GAAAAAUCAAAAGAAUAAAUUGGGAUUGCGAAAUGUCUCAGCUGCUUACAGGUGUCCUGCUGCUGCUUGUUCUACAAUAUGCACAGGCCCAGCAUCAGGACUACACAACACCUGUGCCCAUACUGAAGCAGAUUGAUAAGCACAACGAUGAUGGGUCGUACACGUACGGGUAUGAGGCGGCCGACAAAAGCUUCAAGAUUGAAACAAAGUAUCCCAAUGGAGAGGUGUACGGCAAGUACGGCUAUGUGGAUGAUCAGGGCAAGAUUAGGGAGAUCGAGUAUGGUGCUAGUAAGCGUGGCUUUGAACCUGCAGGCAGUGACAUUAAUGUCCCGCCACCAACGCUGACCAAUAGCAAUCCCUAUCCACUGGGUCCCAACGAAGUGGACGAUGGUCAGUAUCGCGAGGAUCCCGCCGUAUACUAUAAGGACCAGAAAUACAAUCGUCCCUUAGCGGCCAGCAAGUUCAGUUUGAACGAUUUUGGUCGAGCGCCGCAAUACGCACCCGCGCCUGCACCCCCCCGUCCCUACUACAAUCCUGCUCCACAGUAUUAUAACCCACCAACGCCGCAGCCGCGCUACUAUCAGCCACAGCCACAGCCCCAACCCCAGCCCCAGCCUUACUAUGCACCCCAGCAGCAGCAGCAGUACGCCGGACUUCCCAAUCAGCACCACCCAGCAUUGCGCAACCUGAACAUCUAUACUGGGUCCUAUAGCAUCGACUACACGGGCAGGAAGUAGGCGUAGCUGCGGAUGUAGGCCAGUUUUGUUUUGGAGGUGCGCGCCAUGUGGGAAUGAACCAGGAGUACCGAGAGAGAUACCGACUGAUGUCCGAGGACAAUGUCAACUUGUUACUGCCAAAUAAAUCAGUCAUUUCGAUAUCCAUAUGAAUGUGUUUGCAUAUACGAACUAUGUGUAUGAGUAUGUAUGAUGUUAUGUCGAAUGAGUUGUAGAGCACAGAAACAAAAUAAAUAGGUUCAAAAUACAUAUCUACCUGCUACAUCGUG